AAGGAGUGAGGUUACAUAAACUUAAAAAAAAACUCGCCGUCGCUGUACAAUCGCCUUUCGGCUCCUGUCAAGUAACAAGAAUUCAGUAUAUUUUGAGAAUAUCGAACGUACUCCGCCGCAUGCAAUGGACGAAGACGACGAUCACAAGCCACUGAUGUUAUUCGGAAGAGACGUUACGAGGAUUCCAUGCUUCAGAAACAGUUUCCUAUCCGGAAUAACCUGCGGCAUUGUCGGUGGCCUAGGUACGUUCAUGUUUACCAGCAAACCGAAAUUGGCCACACACGUUGGCAUGGCCUCCUUUGUCAGCUCGACGUGGUGCUAUUUUGUUUACUGUCGGUACACAUGGUCCAAACAACAAGCCGAAGUGGCUAAACUGCAGGAACUGAUCGAACGGCAUGCUACCUACGCAGGGACGCCGAAGGAGAGAGAAAUUGAUAAAUUGCCUCUUGUGGAUGCGUGAAAAGUUUUUGCAAGUGAACGCCGAUAGGUGUAGAACAAUGAAUAGAUAAUAAUUCAUAGUUGUUAUUAUCGUUAUUUUUUUAUAGGUUAUAAAGUGUGAUAAUGGCUUGUCAACAGUGAACGAAACAUCUGCGUUUUCAGC